GUCUACUGUGUGUGCGUUCGACGACUUUCUUGAGCUGACUUGAAUUGGAUCAAACAAAAAUGCCUCUGUGACCAGCGGCGUCCAAUCUCCAUAAUACAACUUAUAUUAUAACUUGGCAAUGUUAGCACCCGGAGAGCCGGGUCCAUUCCACUUUUCCCGUUGGUGCCUCCCCGCGCCUGGAUUGACUUCUCCCCAUAGCUCUUGUGGUUUUUCUCACGACUGCAGUUGCUAGAUUGCGGUCUUGUCGAGGAUUUUUUUGGGGGGGGUUUCUUUUUUUCUUUUCUUACUUUCCUUCCUAGGGUACCUUUUUGAUUUUAUUCCUUUCCUUUAUUGUCCCUCGAGCUGGGUGCAGCUCCCCGUUGACCGUUACUACCACAAGGUGUCGGUGGCGAGGUCAUGGCUCACCGGCACCAGCAGCAGCCCUCGGGCGGUUUAUUUGGCUUUGGGAGUCCUAUGGAUAUGCAAAGCUCCCAGCCGCCAGUAUCGCAGGAUAACAGCGCGAUGAGUCUCGUCGACCCCUCAAUGCUCUCUCACUUCGACACACCCAUGCAGAUGUCGCUCGACGGCGACAGCAACGUCGUAAUGGCCGCGCAACAACCUUUCCAACGCCCGAUGGUUUCCAAUUUUGCUCAUUCAGGCACCUCCGCAUCCAUAUCGCCAAUGUCGCAAAAUGCGCAAGGCUUGGCAGCACGGCCCCAGGCGCGACCUGGCCAAAUCAAUAAUCCGUCACUACAAAACCACCACCAAGCAGCAGACUCGGGGUUUUCACUGCCUAGUCCAGACGAACAGGCAUCGCCCAUGUCUGGGGCUCUAACAGCUACAUCGAAACAGAAUUAUGGCGGCAUGCCACCACCUCCACAGCCUUCAUUACAGCAGCAAUCGACUGCGCAUGGACCUCCGGGAAGCAUCGUGACCGAGUACACCAAGAGGCGCGAUUGGGCCGCGCGAACCGCUGAAGAGCUCGCGGACCUUCAACAAAUCCUGGAUCAGGAUGGUCGCAUCAAAUAUGUGUCGCCAAGUGUGACAGCACUUACAGGCUACACAAAGGACGAGAUAUUAGAUGUAUUACUACAGGAUUUGAUCCACCCGGAUGACGUCGGGGUAUACCUCUCCGAGAUGCAUGAUGCAGCAGCUACUGGCGGAAGCAUACGCAUUUACUAUCGACUAAAGAAGAAGGACGGUACUUAUGGGGUUUUCGAGUCAACAGGUCAUGCUCACAUCGCAACCGCUCGGUUCUCGACAAAUCCAAACAACCAAUCUCAUUUCCGCCAGGCCGUUUUCCUCAUGUCGAGACCCUACCCAACGAAGAACGCCGAACUACUGGACUCAUUCUUGGAGCACAAAAUUGAGAACGAGCGCUUGCGUCGUAGGAUAGCAGAGCUGCGCAAGGAGGAAUAUGAAGACGGGGGCGAGGACGCGCAGAGGAACUGGCCCGAUGGUCGAUCAGAAAUGACAUCCGAGGAUGCAACAGUAUCCGUUUCCACGGGCACGACGCCACGGCAUGCACAGCAGCAGGCCCGCCACAGCAGUUUCGGUGAUGCCAAGGGUGUUGGCGGAGUACUGCCCUCGGAUGGCAAACUUGGCAGCGCGAUCUCUGGUAUACUGAACAGUGCACUGACACGUGAGAACCUCGAAGACUCAACCGCGCGCAACCGACAAGACUCGAUCAAAGACAAAAUGAUGCGUUAUGAGGGACACUCACACGCCGAGACCAUUGAGAUGUUGACGGGUCUCCGUUAUAAAGAAGGAGAACGAACCCACGGCUUCACAUCCAGUAGCGACCAAAGGGACUCGUCAGCCUAUAGUCACGAGGAGGACGACGACCUUCGUGGGGCUGCCCAUGUGGCAUCCCGCCACGCCGGCGAAUCGGGCGACGUCGGUCUUUUUAGUUCCAUCUUGGACACGAUCGGUCAGAGGAAGCAAAACGAUGAGAUUGACAAGGAAGAUGUCGACGAGGCUGCGGCCAUCAAGAACCACAAGAAAUACUUUGCGGGCGAUGGCCAAGAUGGGGACGUCGACGAGCACGGUAUGGGGACUGCCGCAGUCAUGCAAGCCCUCAAGAUGUUCACCGGCCAUGGUGGUUCUGCUGUAGGCGGAGGUGGCGUCUCUGGUACCCAUCAGAACGAGUUCAUCGGCCUUGCCUUGGGCGAGGCGAGCAAGCUCUUCGACAAGAAGGCGUCCCAAGGCUUAGUCCCCGAGGGUGCAUCCAAAGAAUCGGCUCUCAUGCAGGCCGGAGAAAUGGCCCUCAAGUUUUGCAUGAAAUCCAAGUCCGAUGCUCCGGCCACCGGACCUGGGGGUGCGAGUGGACUCAUGGGGCUUGCUUCGCAGUUUCUGAAGUGAGUUGGGUUCACUCUUCGAGAAAGUCAUGAUGUCAACACUGGAUUCGGGUAUAUUUACCGGUUUGAGUUUGGGAGUAUAUUCAGUAAACUACUACGUACAUCCCGGCUUCUGAAUCUUGUUUUGUGCCUGGUCGAAUGUAAAUCAUGACUUGGGACAAAGUGUCACCUAUCGUAGUAGACUUAUUCACCAAAAGUGGCGAUAAAGGGAUUGUGAGAUGACAUUGGGUCUAGAGCCUGCAAAAAAAUGCGAUAG